GCGAGCGGCCGAGCAGCGCAACCAAGUGAGUUAGCUCCGAAGCCCGCGCCGCCGCCGGCCCGCACCUCGGGCGCCCGCCACCCCCGCCGCCGCCCGCGCGGGGGUGUAGGAUGCUGGCGGGCGCCAGGCUCCAGCGGCGGCGGCGGCAGCUGCAGCAGCCCCAGCAGUCCCGGCGGCGGCAGCCUCUCCAGUGGCCGAUGAAUGCAGACCCGCCGCCACCGCCCUGGGUUUGGAUGGUCCCCGGCUCCGCCGGGCUGCUCCGGCUCGGCGCCGGGGUCGCGCCCCCGCCGGUGCUGCUGGCUUCGGCGCAGCCCGCCGCCGCCCCGCUGCUCGCGCGGCUGCCGGGCUGGCCAGCCCCGGGCGAUCCCUUGCUGCCCCUGCUGCCGCUGCCCUCUGCGCCAGACCACGCCACCGUGCACCAUUAUCCCCUGCUCCACGGACAGUGGCUGUUCAGUGGUCAUUCUCCAUCCAUAGGAAUAUCCCCCUCCUCUGCUGUGGAGUUGGUGCCCCUUUUCCCACAUGUCUGCCCUUCUGCUGUGCCACCUCCUGUUGGGAAAAGCUGGAUAGAUAAGCGGAUGCCUAAUUACAAGAUAUUUUUAAAUAAUUCAUUUGCUCUGGACUCAACGUGGAUAUAUCCCGAGGAAUCAGGACUCUUCCACAGCCAUGAAAAACCUCAUUUUCUGGCAAACCAAGUAACUCCGUCUCUGUCUAGGCCAGCUCCUGCCUCCAGGCCUCUUCCCACUGUGGUAUUAGCAGCUCAACCAAUACCAGGUGGUUGCCAUAACAGCCUUAAACCAAUCAGCAGUGGGCCCACCAUCACCAUCACUGCUGCCACCGCCGCUGCAGCUGCUGCCAUGGUCUCUGUGGAUGCUGAGGAACUCCGGGGCCUGUCCCCCUCCAUUGUGCAGCCCUACCAUUUCCUAACGUUGACCCCCAUCAGAAUCCCCCUCCGGACUGCCACCUUCUCAGAUAAAAGCAAAGAGCUCAGCCGUUCACCCCGUCCCCCAGCGCUGAUGCUACGAGCCCCGGAGAGGAAAAGCCUGGUGGGAGACAAAGAGGAUAAGGAGCCUCCACCCAUGCUGGUAAGAGGGGAGGAGACUGCAGCAAAAGGAAACAGACCUGUGGCCUCCACGCCUGUGCCCGGAUCCCCCUGGUGUGUGGUCUGGACGGGUGAUGACCGGGUUUUCUUCUUCAACCCGACCAUGCAGCUGUCAGUCUGGGAGAAGCCAGUGGACCUGAAGAACCGUGGGGACCUCAAGAGGAUCAUUGAGGACCCACCCCACAAACGCAAGCUGGAAGCCUCAGCAACUGAAAGCAGUGAUGGAUCCAGUUCAGAAGAUGGCAGUGAGGACCAAAGUGUGAAAACUAAGAGGAAUAGGACUGAAAGUUGUGAGAGCCCUGGACCAGAGGAGACGCCGCAAGUGGAUAAGGGGCCACAGACGCCACCCCCACAGAUUCUCCUGCCCCUGGAGGAGCGUGUGACCCAUUUCCGAGACAUGCUGCUGGAGAGAGGGGUGUCAGCAUUUUCUACUUGGGAGAAAGAAUUACAUAAGAUUGUCUUUGACCCACGAUAUCUCCUGCUAAACUCUGAGGAACGAAAACAGAUAUUCGAACAGUUUGUCAAGACAAGAAUAAAAGAAGAAUACAAGGAAAGAAAAAGUAAAUUGCUGCUAGCCAAAGAAGAAUUCAAGAAACUUCUAGAAGAAUCUAAAGUAUCACCCAGGACCACAUUUAAAGAGUUUGCCGAGAAGCAUGGCCGGGAUCAAAGGUUUCGGCUUGUUCAGAAGCGAAAGGAUCAAGAGCACUUUUUCAACCAGUUCAUACUUAUUCUGAAGAAACGGGACAAGGAAAACAGACUCAGGCUCCGGAAAAUGAGAUGAGUCUGAGCACCACGCAAUACUACAAGGGGCAGCUGAGUGUGCGCAUGUGGGGACAGGAGGUGGCAGUGGCCAGCUGCUCUGCACAGCCCCAGACGGCCAGGGCGCUGGAUGUUCUCAGAGAAUUACUGUUUCAUAUUGAAGCUCCCUCUUUUGUACAUUGUUCCCAGUUUGAUGCAUUUCUAAUUGCCAUGAGAUGUCGAGUCCUUAAGUGUUUUAAUUAUGCAAAUUACUUGUAAUAUACACAAAUUAUAAACCCACUGCAGGUUUGUGGCAAAGCAGAAGCAGGAAAUGUUCGUAGUCAUCUUGAGGUGUUGCCUCCACUCAGAAGGACUGUCUAGAACUUCCCUGAGAUUUUUGUGAGUUAUCCCCUUUGUGCAGGCCUCCCGUGCUGUUCCUAGAUCAAGGCUCUUUGUUUCCUGAGUAGUAGAAAUGGGUUCCAUUAUUCAUCACAGUGACAACCAGACAUUUGACACCCUUGUGGAUUGUGAUCACUUGCAGGUGGCUACAUGUGACUGGCUUCUCUGAAAGUGUAUUCAGGCCAGGAGAAGGGAGCCAUGCCAGCUGUCAGAGGUCCUUCUUAAAAAGAAUUAUUUUGUACAAAACCAUCAUAUUACUAUUUGAGUUAUUUUUAUUGUAUGCCCAGAGUUUGCAUGAGAAUUUUCUCAUCAUCUUUGUAUAAAAAUUUAAAAUUUUUUUUAAUCAAUAAAUAUUUUAAACCAG